GUAUUGUAGCGCUGUAUUGUUGAGAAAGUUUACCGAGUUCUUUUUGGAAAAGUUUUGUACAUUUGUGAUAUUUGCGAUAAUAUCAAGAUGCCGGCGAGAUGCAUCGUCGGAGGUUGCAGCAACACUACGAAGGAUGGUGCCAGCUUGCAUUUGUUUCCCAAAGAUGCAAAUUUACGCAGAAUAUGGGUCUCGAAAGUGAAGUUGACCCGAGCAAAUUGGAGCGGCCCCAGUGACUGGAGCGUGGUGUGCAGUAGCCACUUCGAAGAUGCGGAUUUUGAUGACGGGUUGCAUGCUGCUUUUGGCAUGAAGAGGACCCGGCGGCUGAAGCCCGACGCUGUGCCUAAAAUAAAGAGUGGGUCAUCAAUGCAAGUAAAGAGGAGUGGGUCACGGACAGCAGCGGACAAACGAAAGAAAAUGAGGAUGCUGGAUGAAUUGCUGUCAACAUCUGUUGAAGCUAGGGAUGCUGAGGAGCAAGGGUCAGCAGUGGAGCCUGCAUCAAUGGAAAGUCCAUCAGACACUGAUGAGCCAGGAUGCAGCCAAUGGACAGAUGAACAUUCAUCUGAGUCUGAAGAAUCCUUUGAUGAACAGCCGUUCAAAGAUCCAGCUAUGGAAUUUCAGCAGCAUGGCCAUACAACCUCUGUUGGGAUACAGGUCUCUGUAGCAACAAGAGUUAAACGGUCCCAAAGGGUUGUACUUCUGCAGAACACAGGUUCACAGAUACCACCCGAUAUUCCAGCCUUUAUUUCAAGAGGGACCUCUUUUGACAAAGGGGAUAUACCAGAAGAGAAAGUUGAUGCGAAGGAAGCGGAGGAAGAAAGGUUAUCAUCUCCAGAAAGUGACGCCGCAGAACCCUCCUCACCUGGAUACAAACCACCAUCAUCUUCAUCUUCAUCAUCAGAUGAGCGUGUUAUUGCCAAGCCACAAAAAAGACAGAGAAAACGGAAAAGGCGAUCAAGCAAAAAGGCCACAUGGGAAGCCCCAGCCCAAGGUAUUCCUCCACACAAGGAAAAAAAAUACAUUGUAUACGAGUCUAAGCUUUUGGAGCUGUUGCAGUUUUGCCCAUCCUGCAAGUCUGCAAAUGUGUCCCUUGUAAAGAGGGAAGUUGGAAGCCUCCUUUCUGUGACAAGGGAGUGCCUGUCUUGUGACCAGAAGUCGACAACAUGGGAGAGCCAGCCAUGGAUAGGCCCCUAUCCUGCUGGCAACCUCCAGCUGUCAGCGGCAAUCCUGUUUGCUGGCGGGAGCCCCAGUGAGUCGCUGCGAGUGCUGAAGCAUUUUAACGUAGCAACGCACACACGCAGGACUUUCUUCCGACACCAGCAGAAAGUUUUGCAUCCAGCUAUCACCAAUCAAUGGCAGAAGCAACAGAACCAUCUGCUCACUGAACUGUGUGAACGGGGUCUGCCACUCACCAUUGGGGGAGAUGGGAGAGCGGACAGUCCAGGACAUUCUGCAAAGUUUGGGGUAUACACUGCCCUAGAAUUGAAUGUCAACAAGAUUGUUGAUUUUCAGCUGGUUCAGAGUAAUGAGGUGAAGGGUUCGUACCACAUGGAGUUGGAAGGUUUCAAGAGAGUUGUCAACUUUCUUGAUGACAAGGGACUAGUAAUCAGGAAGUUGGUAACGGACCGACAUAGACAACUUGCCAAAUACAUCAGAAUCACACUUCCACACAUUAUUCAUGUGUAUGAUGUCUGGCAUGUAUCCAAAGGUGUUGGAAAGAAGGUGCAUGCCUUGGCGAAGCAAAAGGAUUGUGAAGAACUUGUGCAAUGGGAACCAAGCAUCACCAACCACAUGUAUUGGGUGGCUGCAACUUGUGAAGAGGAUGAAGACGAUCUGAGGGUGGCCAAGUGGAAGUCUCUUAUGAACCACAUCCAAGGGAUCCAUGAAGGUCAUUCUGAAGUCUUUCCCAAGUGUCUUCAUGGUGACUUGCAAGCUCAAGGUCGCAAGAAAAAAUGGCUCACACCAGGCACAAAAGUCUGUGAAAAACUAACAGGUAUCGUGCAAAGCACCAUGUUGUUGAACGAUGUGAAAAAGUUGUCUGGAGACCAACAGACAUCUUCCCUGGAGUCAUAUCACAGUCUGGUGAACCGGUAUGCGCCCAAGCUGAAGUCCUAUUCGUAUGAAGGAAUGACUAGCAGGCUCAGACUUGCUGCUAUGGACUUCAAUGAAAAUGGCAACCGACAGCAGGCAAAAACGUUGAAAGGGGACAAGCGGUACAUGGUCAGCAAACCAAAGUACAAGCCAGGGAAGGCAUCAGUGAAAGCUGUUAAGGAAGCAAAAACAUUCAAAUUUGUUGAUGAUCUGAUGGAUGAGGUCAGACGAUUGUGCACAGGAUCAUCUCAACUGCCAGAGAGGAAGGAAGCCCCGCCAUCUUUAUGCAGUGAAUAUACCUUUCCUCCCAAGGAGGAACUUGUUCAGGAUCACCGAAGUCGUUUUAAUUAAAAUAAGCGAACUGUAAACCCUAUCAUGCUAAUAUCGUAUACAGCUUCAUGAUAAAUUGGAACGAAUGAAAGAUUGAACACAUAAGUUCAUUUAAGAGAAAAUUUAGUUACUCUAUUGAAGAAAAGAUUCCUUAUGAUUAAACAUGCCAUUUUCAUCUGAUGAACUAUAUUUUUUAGCGAAUUUUAUAUGAAGACAUACAUCUCUGAUGUACAUGUAGUUGUACAAAUAACAUUGUGAAGGCAAAACAGAUGACUGAGCAAUUUGAUACCUUUGCUUCAAAAUUAUUAAACAAAAAGAAUCAUAUCUAUUAUGGAAUUAUAUUUGUUUAAGUUUUGUUCAACAGUAAAGUCGACCACAUACUUGUGAGUGAUCAGUUACAUAAUUUUAAGGAAAUAUUGUUGGGAAAGAUUUGUUCAACAGUAACACAUGUACAAUUCUUCUUUGCAAGGAGUUUUGUUAGAAAUACUAUUCAUUUGAAACGUUGGUCAAUGAUUAUCAUGAUGAGUUGUGGUUCAAAAUCUCUCAUGCUGGCCGGUUACGACCACUGUAGCUCCAACAGUGGUUUCCAAAAGAAAACUUUCAUGGUCUAUACAAUUUCGGAAUACUAGUAACUGCAAUAAUUGUAUAAAAUUUUGAAGAUUUAAGAGCAUUAUCAGAAUGUUUUCUCUACUGUGUUAUUUGCAUGUAAUAAGUAGAUAUUUCUUUACAUAAAUGUGAUUGUAUUUAUAAAUGUAGAUGAAGUAGUUGAAGUACAUUUGAUAUGCAUGUCAAAGUAUUUCACGUUUUAGCCAGCUGAAUUUGAUGACUCGGAUAUGUGUCGUGUAGCUUAAAAAAAAUCUUGCAUGACCUGAAGCAACGGCUACUAAAAUCAGAAAACAUUUUUUUAAAGCAUUUUUACAAGCAACUCUGUAAGAAGUUAUAUAGCAUGUAUUACAUAGAUAUUUCUUUGUAUGAAUGUUAUUGUGUUUAUAAAUGUAGGUGAAGUGGUAGAAAUACAUUUGAAAUGCAUUUCAAAGUGUUCCAUGUUUUAAACAGCUGAAUUUGAUGAUUCAGGUAGCUUCCAAAAUCUUCCCUGAUGUAACAUCUACUAAAAUUGGAAAACAUUUUUUUCCCCCCAAUUUUUUCAAGCAUUUGUACAAGCAACUCUGUAAACUACCUCCAUGGUUAUACUUAUCUUGACCCAUUCAGGACAGGAAUUAAUUAACAACUAAAGUGAUCACAUUUCGUUCCUCAAAUGGGCAACAGCAAUAUUUAUUUUAAUGCUACAUGCUUCCAAUUGAAUGUGAUGUCUUUGAAACCAACAUACAUGGUUUGGAACUUGGAUAAUAUUUUUUAAACGCCAAUUUCGAUGAAAAACUCUGGUCUUCAAUUCUUCCAAUGUGUUGCCAAUUUGAGGAGUUUAAAGAUUAUCCUCAUAAAAUUCCUGGCAGUAUGGUCACUCAACAAUGAGUGCAAUGUAUGCAUAGUUUUUUUUUCUCUCUUUUACUAAUGUACCUGGUGUAAUUUUUAGAGCUCUGAAACAAAAAUGAUUUACCUUAACCACUUAAGGUCGAUUGUCCUGAACGAGUUAAGCCAUAACAUGUCUAUUGACCAGCUUAUAUUUAUUCAUAUUUAUGUCUCUUGCACUCAUUUCUACUUGCAAAUCAAUGCUUCUCUGAGAAUAUAAUAGUUUGCAGGAUUUUUUAAC